GCGAAUUGCCAACAUCACUAGCAGUGUGUCACCCAAGUCUUAACGUCCUCCUGUGAGAAAUCGAUUUACAAAAUAUUUGUUACAAUAACGGAAAAAGACAAAAGAGGGGUGAGACGGCGCCAGCAGUUACUGGUGAUAGUCUCCACCUGGGCACUCCACGUCUCCAUCUUCCCUGUUAAGGAAUGCGCCUGGGUAGACCUCAACAAGCCAUCGCAACAUCACUUGACUGACUGAUAGUGACACGCAUGGAUGCUCUGUGAUGAUUCACUCUCUGCCGCAGCAAUGAGUAACCAAUUCAAAAACACCUCUUCCUCAACCUGGGAUGUUCAAGAAGGAGGGAAUUCCACACCACCUCCAUCAUUCCAGUUCGAGCUGGAACCGGUGGUCAUAAGCGUCAACCCCUGGGAUAUAGUCCUGUGUGUCACGGGAACCCUAAUGUCCUGCGAAAAUGCAAUUGUCCUUGCCUUAAUUAUUUACACGCCCACCCUGAAAGCGCCCAUGUUUGUGUUGAUAGGGAGCUUGGCUUUUGCGGACCUAUUGGCGGGGCUAGGUUUGAUAGUGAAUUUCACCAUCACCUACAUUUUUGACACGGGAUUCGUGACGCUGUUAUCAGCUGGACUGCUCAUCACUGCUUUUUCGGCCUCCGUUCUCAAUAUCCUGGCAAUCACGGUGGAUAGAUACCUCUCCCUUUACAACGCACUGACUUACCACACGGAACGAACGGUGAUUUUUACCAUCGUCACACUGGUGCUCAUUUGGGUGACUAGCAUCACUCUGGGCGCGCUACCGAUCAUGGGUUGGAACUGCCUUAAAGAUGAGACGACGUGCAGCAUUUGCGCCCCCAUUGAUAAAAAUCACGCCGCUGCGCUGGCGGUGACUUUUCUUUUUGUAUUUGCACUUAUUUUGCAACUAUACCUCCAGAUUUGCAAGAUUGCUUUUCGGCACGCGCAGCAAAUCGCCGUGCAGCAGAAGUUCAUGACUACCUCCCACUCCUCCUCCCCCACCACUAAAGGGGUAUCCACCCUCUCCAUUAUCCUUGGCACCUUUGCAUUGUGCUGGAUCCCUUUCGCCAUGUACUCUCUGGUGGCUGACAUCGGAUACCCCCCUAUCUAUACCUACGUCACCGCUCUGCCGGCCAUUUGUCACUCUAUGAUAAACCCCGUCAUUUAUGCUUUCAGAAAUCCUGACAUACAGAAAUCUAUGAGAAUCGCUUGUUGUUGUGGAUGUGUGUCUUCCAACUUUUCUCUGCGACCAAGGACACCAAGUGAUGUCUAGGCAAACGUUUGGACGUUAUAGCCUGUCAAGUAGUUACAAGCACAUCACAAUCUGACUGACUAUGCCGAAAAGUUUUGUAAGUGUUUUUUGCGUGUGUGUGUAUGUGUGUGUGUGUGCAUUUCGUUUGUAUUGAAUAACUGUCCUCUUGUCCUCUCUGUUCUCGAAAUAUAGUCGUUCAAUCUCUCUAAAUGUGUAUUGUGCCAGAGCUACUUGCACAGUAUUGACGCACCUUUAAUGUAGAGGUAGUAGCCUUCACUGUAUAGUAAAGGCCUCAUAUUACACCCUUCAUAUUAUAAUAGAUGCGUUUAUAAGUGUACCCCACUGGACACAGACGUCAAUUCAGCUCAAGUCAAUUUUAUUCCACGUUGGUUCAACGUUGAUUCAACUAGUGUGCGCCCAUUGGAACAUGCCUUGUGCAGUUACUCGGUGUUGCUCAUAAAGCAUUCAGAGUAGCCUAGCCCCCUGACUCAAUAGGCAAAUACCUGUUCUGUGUCAGCACAAUAGGGGGAAGGAAACAAACUACUUCUGAAGUCCCCGUAUUGAUUCAAUUCAUUUGGGAAUAAUGUUUUAUCAAAGGUUGUUGAAUGUUCAUCCGAAUGAUGCUGAGACGUGGUAGGCUACUGACUUACUGCGUCUCUGCACCUUCAACACGAUGUUGAAACUGUCCCCUCAGUCUGUAAAAUGUUGGGGCAAGUGAAAGUGAGCUGAUUCUGUGAUUAACUAACCUUUUAUUACGAGGGAGAAAGGCUGGAAUGAGCGGACUGCUCAAUUCAGCGCCGGCCUUUUCAGCACCAUGGACAGUGAAACGUGAGCUAUCACCCACUCAAUAACGCACGCGUAUGCCUGGUUAUGCGAGCUCUGUGGCGUAAUCUGCCAUAAAUAAUACAGCAGCAGCAGAGAAUAACCCUCACUCGUGUGCAUAUUGAAUUCAAGACAAAAACAGCAACAUAGUGUCAGCCAAAGUUUUCCAAAUGAACGCGCCCAGACAGUAUCACAUAUUCCCAGUAUGACAGGGCCCUCUAAAUGUUUAAAGUGGUCAACUCCUUACAUUCGCCACGCACAACACCACCUGCUUAUCAUUACAAUAGCCCACGUGCAAUGUCUGUACGCCCAUAGCCUACACAUCCUCGGUAGACCUAACACAUCGACAUCUGAUUGCGGACAGACGUCUUGAUGUAUCGCUUUAUUGGUUGUAACGUUGCUCAUGUUUUCGCAGCGCAUCAAUAUUUGUCCCAGCUAGAUUAGUCUGUAGGGUAGUUGUACAUAACAGGUGCAGUGCAUCUAAAUUAUGCAGACGAUACAGUUUUGUCCCGCUGUUAUGUCACUCGUUCCAAAAGUCGGUAAACACCAAUUUUCGACGGAAUGUCUUAAUUGUUUUGCCUUACUAUGUCUCACUGGCAAUAAUGUAUAACUUGUGUAUAGUGAUAAACUGAAUGACAUGUAUAUGUUGGUUCUCAAUAGAAAGUGAUCAAUAUGCUUAACAAAACGCCAUUUGCCAGUUUAUGACUGUAUGGUACAGUAUCAGCAGCUCUAUGACGUCAAUCAUGUAUGGUGUACAGCGCUUGAAUGAUAAUGCAACGUCUGUUGUUUGAGAUGUGUGUGGAGGCCCCUUAGGCUCAUCCUACUGCCUAUUCUCUAGUGGCGCAGCCAAAGAGCUGCAAUAAGCAAUCCACAAUCAUUGGAACCCCCUAUUUUUUCAGUCAACAUUGGUGGGAACUCUGCAACCAGUGUCAUCACUAUUGAAUUGAAGUCGGUGUUGUGUGUGCCGCCAAGCUUUGCUUGUGUUAGUACUGUCUGGAAUGCUUGUGUCCAAUUCAGAUGAUUCACUGUCGCUCAUUCACCACAGUCAGCAUGAUUGAUUCAGCUAUUUAGUUCUCACAGGGGUUAGAAGUCCAUAAGGUCUUAUCUUAUUGAUACAAAGCUAUAUUUUUAUAUAUUUAUUGAAAAAAAAAUGUAUGUAGUUUGUUUAUCUAUUUUUUUUUUUUAUCAUAAAUUAUUCAUUUUGUCUUUAGGAAAAACGUAAAUGUGUCUCGUUCAAUGUAUUCAAGGAAUUAAUGUUUUCCUAAACGACGCCAAACGAUUGCAACACUACUGUCAAAUUCGUUUGCUUUCUCAAGAUCCUGGACUACUCGUUGUGUUGCAUUGGGGACUUCUAUUCAAAACACUGCACCAUAUUGUCCCCAAGACAGGGUUUUAGUCGAGGUUUUCGUAACAAAGGCAAUCAACCAAAUCCUAUAGCACCCAGAUAUCCAACUAGGUGUCUGUGGGAAAGGUCAAUAAAUGUUUGUUUACUGCU